AUGGUCACUUUUUCCAAGCACAAAGCGGACUCUGAAAGGGAUGCAGAGCCCGACUCUUCAUCCACUCAUAUUGAUCGAUGUGACCCCGUUCUAGAGAAGUCUUCUUCUCCGGGCCAGUUGAAAGUCGAACUCACGGAAGCCGAUUGCUAUGCGGAGCUUGGAUACUCAUUUCCCGAGUCCAAGAAGUGGACUAUCAUCCUGGUCAUAUUCUUGGUCCAAACAUCGAUGAACUUCAACACCAGUCUCUACUCUAAUGCACUAUCAGGAAUCUCGGAAGAGUUCAAUGUCAGCAAGCAAGUGGGACGUUGUGGUGCGAUGAUUUUCCUCGUGCUCUAUGCCUUUGGUUGUGAGCUGUGGGCCCCAUGGAGUGAAGAGCUUGGCCGGAAGCCAAUUCUCCAGCUGAGCCUUCUGUUGGUCAACAUCUGGCAGAUCCCCGUUGGAAUCGCUCCGAAUUUCACCACGAUAAUGGUUGGCCGGGCCUUGGGGGGAAUAUGCACCGCCGGCGGCUCUGUCACUCUGGGUAUGAUUGCCGAUUUGUGGGAAGCUGAAGACCAACAGUUCGCCGUGGCCUGUGUGGUCUUUUCUUCAGUCGGAGGAUCCGUUCUGGGGCCGGUGGUAGGGGGCUUUGUGGAAGCUUAUCUACCCUGGCGGUGGAAUAUCUGGAUUCAACUCAUCUUUGGGGCUGUUGUUCAAAUUGCCCACUUGGUGCUAGUACCCGAGACUCGGACAACGAUCAUGCUCGAUAACAUUGCGAAGAGGCGGAGAAAAAAUGGAGAGGAAGUCUACGGUCCGAAUGAACUGGUUCCAUUCAAGGAUCGAUUCUCGAUGCAAGAGAUCCUGAUCACUUGGAUUCGACCCUUUCGCAUGUUCCUCACAGAACCUAUUGUUCUGACCUUGUCCUUGCUGAGUGGGUUCACUGAUGCCUUGAUCUUCAUCUUCAUACAGUCAUUCGGCCUGGUCUACGCGCAGUGGGGCUUUGGCCCGGUCGCUCUCGGUCUCUCUUUUCUUCCCAUCAUGGUGGGGUAUAUCAUCGCCUGGAUCAUCGCCAUACCUGUGAUCAGACGUAAUGUCAGAGAGCGGCAGCUGAAGCCAAAUGACGAGCGUGCACAAUAUGAGUCGCGGCUUUGGUGGCUUCUUUACACUGCGUUGUGUCUUCCCAUUGGCAUGAUUGGCUUUGCGUGGACGAGUCUCCCACAGUGCCAUUGGAUCGGAACAAUGGUGUUCUCUGCUAUGAUUGGAAUUGCCAAUUUCAGUAUCUUUAUGGGUACGAUCGACUAUAUGAUCUGCGCUUACGGGCCUUACUCGGCUUCAGCAGCUGGCGGAAAUGGCUGGUCUAGGGACUUUUUGGCGGGAGUCCUGACCGUUCCUGCUACCCCGUUCUAUGAGAACAUCGGUGGCAAAUAUCACCUCGAAUAUGCAUCCACCAUCCUAUUUGCUAUAUCUGUUGUUCUUGUCGUCACCGUCUACGUGAUCUAUUGGUACGGGCCUGUUCUUCGGAAACGUUCACCCUUUGCACAGCAAUUGAUCGACGCCCGGGUGGAGACACACAAUCGCAUUCUCGAGCAGAACCCUGAAGUUCCCAUGCGGAAAUCCAAUCCACUUGCAAGAUCCCAGCAGAGUUUGCGUAUACGUCAGACGAUGGGAAGUCGCACGACCAGUGUUGCUAACUCGCGCGCCAAUUCCCGUGCGAACUCUCGCGCAAAUUCGCGUCGCAACUCCCUGUCUUGA